AUGGCCAUCGAGUCAACAGAGAUCCUUACUCAAAUGGAUCCGAAAGAGUUUAGAGCAAACACUCUGAACUACAGGUAUCUUGACACUACCUCCAAGGCCGACAAGGCCGCCGUUGUCGUCAAUGUCGAUGCCCAGCUAGCUGCCAGUGACGCCGAAGCAGCGCUUCAAACCCUUCUUGCCCUGACCGGCAAGUCGCAAGCAAUCCUUUUGGGCGGUGUGGAGCCCACCACAAAAAUCCUCAACUCCACCGUCCCGGUCAUCAAGGACUUGCCAGUCUACCGGAUCCUUGACGAUGUCAGGUGUUCAAGCUUGCCUCCCUCGGAUCCAAGCUCUAUCGCAUUCCUCCCCCUCUUUACCCCUUGGUUUAACCCAGACGAGAUCAAGACACGCAUCGCCGCCAUCUGUGACCUCUUCAUUGAGCACACGUCCGGCUUGGUGAUCCCUUCACCAAACUUGAUCGUCAACUUGUGGGAUGAGCUCCACCAGUCUCGCGACUUCGAGCUCCAGCCCACCACCGUCCAAGGCGUUGUCAUGGACAUGUCUCCCAUUACAGGCAUGGCCAUGACUUAUGCCAACGCAAUGUGGAAGUCCCUGCAGACGAUGGUCGACGACCGUGUCCGCGCCAGAGGACAAAUCCCUCGUCCGCGUGCGACUUUGUUCCACCUGACGACGGACGUCAAUGCGUUCUAUUUCCCUCAAGGUAACCACGGUAUUCAAAUGGAAGAGCUCAACGACGACGAGCAAACCGAGGUCCUCAAGUACGCAAGCGCUGCACGAUCGGCAGGUACACCACUGCGCACGGUGGCGAGCAUGGUUCUCCGCAAGCACGGCGUCCUCUUGGUCCCUCACCACGCCAAUUGGCUCAGCCGCUUGCCCUCCGGCCCACUGAAGCCACUCGCGCAGAGGUACGACGACCUCCAUGAGUUGCGCGGCAUGUACGACCGCGAGGAUGUCCACGCCCGUCUUCUCAACGACCGUCGCUUCGUGUGGUCGGCCUACAACCCCUUCCAGACGAUCGACCGCGCCUGGGAGGCGCAAGGCAUUCUGGAUGGCACCGUCGAGGCAGAUGCCCUGGCCCAGAAGGGCAACAAGGUCGGAUGUUGCUACCUCUGUCGUCUGUCUGCCCCGAGGAUCCGUGAAUGCGACCCCACCAACCUCAUCUGCUGCGGAGUCUACCUUCAGCUCGCCGAAUACUUCACUGAUCACUGCGCUGCGGGUGACAUUUACGGCAUGGCAUAUGACGAGGAUCCCAUGUGCCAGUACCUCGCCGUUUGUGGAUCCUGCAAGAUUUACAGGCGAGAGCAAAUGUCGGAACUCAAAAAGCUGGGCCAGGAGGUCAUCCGCAAGAACACCGUCGCCACCAUCCGCGGCACGCGCAAUGCGGUCGUCCUGCAAUGUGGGAUGGCAGGGUGUGCCAACCGUUGCGUCGCCCACGACCGGCCUUCGGGCUCCACCUUUUACGGCGUGUAUGGUUUCGUGUCGUCCAAAGGCGACAGCAUCUGCCCCACUUGUUUCCAGGCUACCGGCCGCAUCCGCGGUCGCAACAAGGUCGCUGGAAAUUUCGACAGCGCUGCCGACAUUGUUAUCCGCGCAGCAUCCGAAAGCGCUUUAUCCAAUGACGACCUCCACAAGCGGAUAGGCGAGCAGAGUGUUCACCUCACUCACAAGCUCUACCCUGGUAAGAAGGACGACUUGACCCCAUUUGCCUUUUCAUGUAUUGACGUGGCUGCUCAGUUCCCAUGGUCCCGGCGCGGCCUACUCCAGUUCAUCCAGCAAAACACUCGUCGGGUUGGCGCGAUCGAGUUCUUGAGCCAGGUCCAGCCCUGGAGCGAGGACGAUGUGUAA